CCAUCUACAACAGCCACCGGCUUGAACUUGAACCGGGUCAUGUUUCCUUGAGCUGCACGUGUGAUAUGCUCAUAAACAUCAUAUUCAGGCAACAGACACAAGACGGCGUUUGGACGUGCAUUAAGAUGAUUACGCUGCAGUCACUCAGCCUCGCUUGGGAGCAUAUUUUUGUGAUAAUAGUCCUCCUUGUGUUCACCCUGUGGAUAUUCAGAAAACUCGUUAAAUCUGACUGCCCAAUCAAAGAUCUGGAGAGCAAGUAUGUGCUAAUAACCGGCUGCGACUCAGGCUUCGGGCAAGAGACGGCGAUUCUCCUGGAUAGUCUUGGAGUCCACGUGAUCGCCACGUGUCUAACGGCCAGGGGGGAGCAGGAAUUGCAGAAGGAGUGCUGUGGGAGGGUGAGGACGUUUCGUCUGGAUGUCACAAAGUCGAAGGAGGUGCAAGAGGUUUAUAGGGCUUUGCAAGAGGAGCUACCACACGGCACAGGUUUAUGGGGCGUGGUUAACAAUGCCGGUAUAGCAGGGGUCGGUCCCGUUGACUGGAUCCCUGUGGAGAGGUUCAAGCACGUGGCCGAUAUCAACCUAUGGGGACUGGUUGACGUCACAAAGACCUUUUUGCCGCUGGUCAAGCGUGCUCGUGGGCGCAUCGUCAAUGUUACAAGUAUUGCAGGUCGUUUUACGCUCCCCUUUGCUUCCCCGUACUCGGUCUCAAAGUAUGGGGCCGAAGCGUUUUCGGACGCCAUUCGGCGAGAGCUCGCCCCGUUCGGGAUCUCUGUGAGCAUAGUCGAGCCGGGAUUCUUCCGCACGAAGAUGCCCACCCGAGAGAACCUAACACAACAGUGGGAGACACUCUGGGAGAACUUGGAUGACGAUAAGCGAGAUGAGUAUGGAGAACACUACUACAAUACUCGCGUUAAGAACAUGGUUGAUGGGAUUGCCGACAUGAUGGCCUCCCCAAACACACAUCACGUUUGCAAGGCGAUUGCGCAUGCGCUGACGUCACGCACUCCAAAGCCUCGCUAUGUCAUCGGCCAAGACGCGAACUACCUGUGGUAUUUGCUAUCGUUGCUGCCCACCUCAGCGGGCGAUACUCUCCUGCGCAUGCUCGAGAAGAAAGCUGAUCCUCAAUGCGUGGCCGGAGAUCGGUUACCGCUGCUGCAAUAAUUAAUCUCCGCAGGCUCGGACUAGUGGUGCAUCUAGUGUGUGUGUGUGUGGGGGGGGGGGGGGGGGGUAGCCUUAUCUAUAAGAAUCGCGCUGUUUCGGCAACAAUCGUAGCUGAGUUUUAUCAUAAUACAACGAGGUGCAAAAGAAUAUUUUCAUGCUUUAUUAGAGGAGACUUUAUUAACUUGUAACCAUUGAAACUGUUGAACAUUACAGUGUUGUAGGCAUCAGGUUAACGGAUCCAUGAUGUCAUCUGUUGGUUAGAAAUUGUUGGUUAAUGGGGAAUAGAAUAAACGUUUUUCAUGGCUUA